AUGGCCGGCCUUCACUCGUGGGACGCCGAGGCUGAGAAGGCUCUGAUUCUAUCCGUGCUGAGCAUUGCCUACAAUGGCGCGGGUCCGAAGCCUGACUGGGCUCGCGUCACCCAGCGAAUGAACCGUAUCGGAUACGACUUUACGACCGCUGCCCUCACUCAGCGCUGGCGCAAGUCUCUCUUGAAGCCUUACAACGCUCGUGUCAACGAGACUGCUACCGCGCCCAUCACCCCCGUUGCUUCUCGCAAGCGUGCUGCCCCCGGCUCGGACAUCAUGGCCUCUGGCAGUCAGACCCGAACCUCCAUUAGCCGUGGCUCUGGCCCGGCCCAGGCUGCUCAUGAGAUGUCCACGCUUGCCCUCUCGGCCGACAACGGUGGCGAUGAUACUGAGCCCGACAUGGAGGGUUCCAAGAAGCGCAUCAAGAUCUCUCACGGUGGUGCUGCUGCUGGACUUGAUGACCAGGAGAUUGAUCUCACCAAUGGCGACACUGAUGUCAAUAUGGAGGACGCCGAUGCCCCUGCCGCUGCUGGCCUCCCUGGUCAGAGUAUCGACCUCACUGAUGAUCAGGUCAAGGUUGUCAAGCUGGAGGCCAAACCUGACUUUCCCAGCUUCAGCCGCCAUGCCCGUGAGCGCAGCUUGACUCUGAACCCCGUCAUUGCCAACGAGAUCUACUUCGACCACGGCAAGAAGACGGCCCAGUCGCUUCCCCCUUCCAAGCCUCGCGUCUACGAGGAUUCCGUCUAG